AGACCUCACUGUCGACCACAGCGACAAUCUAGUUUCGACAAUGGGGACGUCACAACCUACCAUGAAGUCUAUCCUCGGGAUCUUAUUCCUGUGUCUUGUCCAGAUUUCCGCCGCGUUGAAAUUCGACCUGCCCGCCGUGAGCGGAAAGAACGAGCGAUGCAUCCGCAACUUCGUCUUCAAGGAUCAGCUUGUCGUCGUCACAGCUAUUGUGAGCGGUCAGAAGGGCGAUGGACAGAAGGUCAACAUGCAUAUCAAAGAUGCCCUGGGCAAUGACCACGGUCGCCCGAGGGAUGUUGUAGGCGAGACUCGCCAAACAUUCACUUCUUCGGAGGAUACUGCUUUCGAUGUCUGCUUCGAGAACAAGCUUGAAGGACGGUCCGGUGUUGCGAACCCCUAUCGGUCGAUUGAACUCGAUGUCGACAUUGGCGCCGAUGCUCGUGACUGGUCUAGCAUCCAGGACCAUGAGAAGCUUAAGCCCCUCGAAACUGAUCUCCGUCGCAUUGAGGAGAUGGUGCAAGAAAUCGUCAGCGAAAUGGAAUACCUGCGUGCGCGUGAACAGAAGCUGCGCGACACCAACGAGAGCACCAACGAGCGUGUGAAAUGGUUUGCGUUUGGCACAAUGGGAAUGUUGAUUGGAUUGGGUGUUUGGCAGGUCAUUUAUCUGCGGGCUUACUUCAGAUCCAAGCAUCUUAUCUAGAAGGCCCCUGUUUCGAAGUGCCUGGACUGAGCGGAAAGGCACUUUGCGUUGUAGUUUCCUUGUUCUCAUGACAAAAUACGGAGUUCUAUGCAUCUGUCGAGUGUGGUCUCGACUUUAUGUAGUCUCGGAUAUAUCUCACGGUAUACUGUUUGAAUACUUUUAUGAUCCUAUGAUAGCGUUAGACAACUGGGGAUGAUGUAAUGGAUUACUCCGACUUCAAAAGACCAA